AUGACAUUAUCAAAAUUUAUUGUCAUUAUGUACCUGUUUGCGUUAAUUAAACGUCACCCCAAGCCCUGCAAUUUAGGAGCUUUGUGCAGUUUGGUUGGCGAAAUUGGUGAAUUACGAAAGGAAAAUCAAAAACUGCGAAACCGUCUUAGUGUUGUUGUGGAACCACGUCGAGGCGUUGUCCACCGCGUUGGAGCACUGUUGGACAGCAAAAAUAGUCUAUUCCCAAAGAUCAUUGGCAAGAAGGUUUCCCAACCGGAGAUAAGAUCUGGGGCUAGAGAACGACUCUCCACACCCCCACCAAAGGACUGUUUAAAUGCAAGCUGUUAUUCGGCGGACAUUUCUUCAGAUUUUUCUGAAGGUAAACGUCAGGGAUCAAAUCUUCUUGCACGUCCACUAGUACUUCCGAAAGGGUAUAAUUCUGAUGCUGAGCAAACUACAUUAUCUGAAGUAAUGGUUAACUUGCAACUACUAUGA